GCACGCUCCCGCCCCCAAGAAGCGCAGCAUGCCGUCUCCGGGGACCGAAGCUGCCGCCGCCCCCGCAGACGUCGCCCUGCCUCCCGAGCCCGUCCCGCCCCCAGACGGUGGUUGGGGAUGGGUUGUCGUCUUCGCUUCUUUCAUGAUACACAUCGUCACGGACGGCGUCACGUACUCGUUCGGCGUGCUCUACGUAGAGUUCCUGGACGCCUUCAAGGAGGGCAAGGGCGCCACCGCGCUCAUCGCCUCCAUCCUCGUCGGCGUCACCUUCUGUUCCGGUCCCAUCUCGAGCUCGUUCGUGAACAAGUACGGAUGCCGGCCGGUGACGAUCGCAGGCGCCAUCUUGGCGAGCGCCAGCCUCGCCGUCAGCGUGUUCGCGCGCAACGUGCUCACGCUCUACUUCACCAUCGGCAUCGGCACCGGGCUGGGCUUCGGGCUGAUCUACCUGCCGGCGAUCGUGAGCGUGACGUGCUACUUCGAGAAGUACCGGUCGCUGGCGACGGGCAUCGCGGUGUGCGGCUCGGGGCUGGGCACGUUCCUGUUCGCGCCGCUCACGGACGCCCUGCUGACGCACCUGGCGUGGCGCGGCGCGCUGCUCGCCAUCGCCGGCUUCGUCCUCUCGUGCGUCCUCUUCGGCGCGCUCUUCCGGCCCCUGCAGAGCUCCGAGCCGGCCGAGGACGUGCCCAUACAGCAGAUCACCACCGGCAACCUGAGGUCGGCGGAAGAGCAGGCGGCUGACGCGGAGGAGAAGCGACCCAUGAUGCAGCGCGCCGGCUCAGCGGAGGCGCUGCGCAACCCGCGCUGCAGCUGCUGGGCACCGGCACCGCCACCCCCCCACCACCCGCACCACCACCACCAGCACUACCAGCAGCUGCACGGCGUGCGGCGCGCGCCCAGCGCCGGCGGGCUCAUGCAGCGCAAGGACAUCCUCUACAGCGGCAGCCUGCACAACAUCCCGCUGCACCACAGGUCUGCAAACCUACUGUCUGAACAGAAAAAAGUUUCGAGCAACAAUCAUCUACCUCCUGCAUAUGUGGCUGAACCAGUAGAAGAACAACAUGAAAAAUCAACUAUCUGUGGAUGUAUACCUUGUUCACCUGAGGCAAAAGAAACAUGGACAGAAAUGUUAGACUUUUCCCUCCUGAAGGAUGUUAUAUUCAUCCUCUUCGCAGCCUCAAACUUCCUUACCAGUAUUGGGUUCAACAUACCAUAUGUGUAUAUUGUGGUACAAGCUGAGAAACAAGGAAUAUCGAAAGAGUCAGCCAGUUACCUUCUCUCUGCUGUUGGUAUAGCUAAUACAGUAGGUCGUGUGCUUUUAGGCUACAUUUCAGAUAAGCCAUGGGUCAAUCGGUUGUAUAUAUAUAAUGGGUGCCUUGCAAUUUGUGGCAUAGCAACAGCUAUGAGUGUGCUCUGCCAUGAUUUCUAUUCAAUGGCAUUCUACUGCUGUGUGUUUGGUUUUACAAUUGGAGCCUAUGUUGGGCUAACCUCAGUUAUUCUUGUUGAUCUUCUUGGCCUUGACAAGCUUACAAAUGCCUUUGGAAUCCUCUUGCUCUUUGAAGGUGUUGCUUCACUUUUGGGGCCUCCCAUUGCUGGUUGGCUAUAUGAUGAACUGGGUUCAUACGAUCCUGGUUUUUAUGUUUCUGGUGUUACGAUAGCACUAAGUGGCCUCAUGUUGUUUGUUAUACCAAGUUUGCAGAGGAGACAAAAUUUACGUUCUCAAGAGGCAGAAUGCUGACAAAGAAGUAAUUGUGUCUACAUGUGAGGAAGCACAACUCUUAAUAUUGUGUGUGUUACAAGAAAAGCAUUUAUGCAGCUGUAUGGAAAGUAAAGCAAAGUGAUAAGUAAGGAAACCAGAUCACUAGCUCUGUGCUAAGUGAAAAGUGACUUAGAGAUAAGUAUUGUAUGAUUCAAUAUUAUCAAGUGAUUGUUAUGUUUGUAUGUUUAUUUAAUGUGUCAGGUGGGCUGCUGGGUAAAGUGCAAUAUUUUAUGUUAAGUUCUUUGAAAAUACCAAGGAAUUUAACUUGGACCGAUCUUUUUGUAAAGACUUGCACAUUACUAAUUUCCUAAUGUUUAUAUAAUGUUGUAAAAAUGCCUGCAAACGUCAUUAUAUGAUU